CUUCGCGAACGCCGGUCCGCGGUUGCUAAGGGGCGGCCCCGGAAGUGACGCGCCAGGGGUUUGUUGACAGCGGAGGCGGCGGCGGCUGCAGGCUCCCAGCCGUAGGAGCCGGAUCGGGGGAGGGGCCGGGCCCCGGAGCCUGCACCCGGCGGCCUGCAGCCCUCAGGGCAAGGCUGUGGCUCUGCCGAUGACCCUGUGAGUGCUGAGUGACUGUUGUCCCUGGAGGCCCCUGUUCUGGAGCGGCCCACCUUCCUGCCCCCAGCAUGGCGUCGGACACCCCCGACUCCCUGAUGGCCCUCUGCACCGACUUCUGCCUGCGCAACCUGGACGGCACCCUGGGCUGCCUGCUGGACAAGGGGUCCCUACGGCUGCACCCCGACAUCUUCCUGCCCAGCGAGAUCUGCGACCGGCUCGUCGACGAGUACGUGGAGCUGGUCAAUGCUGCCUGCAACUUUGAGCCACACGAAAGCUUCUUCAGCCUCUUCUCAGAUCCUCGCAGCACCCGCCUCACCCGCAUCCACCUCCGCGAGGACCUGGUGCAAGACCAGGACCUGGAAGCCAUUCGCAAGCAGGACCUGGUGGAGCUGUACCUGACCAACUGCGAGAAGCUGUCGGCCAAGAGCCUGCAGACGCUGCGGAGCUUUAGCCACACGCUGGUGUCCCUGAGCCUUUUCGGCUGUGCCAACAUCUUCUACGAGGAGGAGAACCCGAGGGGCUGUGAGGACGAGUGCCUCGUCAACCCCACCUGCCAGGUGCUGGUUAAGGACUUCACCUUCGAGGGCUUUAGCCGCCUGCGCGUCCUCAACUUGGGCCGCAUGAUUGAUGGGGUCCCCGUGGAGUCCCUGCUGCGGCCGCUCAGUGCGCUGGCUGCCUUGGACCUCUCAGGCAUUCAGACCAGCGACGCGGCCUUCCUGACCCAGUGGAAAGACAGCCUGGUGUCCCUCGUGCUCUACAACAUGGACCUGUCGGACGACCACAUUCGUGUCAUCGUCCAGCUGCAUAAGCUGCGACACUUGGACAUCUCCCGAGACCGCCUCUCCAGCUACUACAAGUUCAAGCUGACUCGCAAGGUGCUGAGCCUCUUCGUGCAGAAGCUGGGGAACCUCAUGUCCCUGGACAUCUCCGGACACAUGAUCCUGGAGAACUGCAGCAUCUCCAAGAUGGACGAGGAGGCCGGGCAGACCAGCACCGAGCCUUCCAAGAGCAGCAUCAUGCCUUUCCGGGCUCUGAAGAGGCCGCUGCAGUUCCUCGGGCUCUUCGAGACCUCCCUGUGCCGCCUCACGCACAUUCCGGCCUACAAGGUGAGUGGCGACAAGAACGAGGAGCAGGUGCUGAACGCCAUCGAGGCCUACACGGAGCACCGGCCCGAGAUCACCUCCCGGGCCAUCAACCUGCUUUUUGACAUCGCGCGCAUUGAGCGCUGCAACCAGCUCCUGCGGGCUCUGAAGCUGGUCAUCACAGCCCUCAAGUGCCACAAGUAUGACAAGAACAUCCAAGUGACCGGCAGCGCCGCCCUCUUCUACCUGACCAACUCCGAGUACCGCGCCGAGCAGAGCAUCAAGCUGCGCCGCCAGGUCAUCCAGGUGGUGCUCAAUGGCAUGGAAUCCUACCAGGAGGUCCAGCGGAACUGCUGCCUGACCCUCUGCAACUUCAGCAUCCCGGAGGAGCUGGAGUUCCAGUACCGCCGCGUCAACGAGCUCCUGCUCAGCAUCCUCAACCCCACGCGGCAGGACGAGUCCAUCCAGCGCAUCGCCGUGCACCUGUGCAACGCCCUGGUCUGCCAGGUGGACAACGACCACAAGGAGGCCGUGGGCAAGAUGGGCUUCGUCGUGACCAUGCUGAAACUCAUUCAGAAGAAGCUGCUGGACAAGAUAUGUGACCAGGUCAUGGAGUUCUCCUGGAGCGCGCUCUGGAACAUCACGGACGAGACGCCCGACAACUGUGAGAUGUUCCUCAACUUCAGCGGCAUGAAGCUCUUCCUGGACUGCCUGAAGGAAUUCCCUGAGAAGCAGGAACUCCAUCGGAACAUGCUGGGCCUCCUGGGAAAUGUGGCCGAGGUGAGGGAGCUGCGGCCCCAGCUAAUGACCUCCCAGUUCAUCAGUGUCUUCAGCAACCUGCUGGAGAGCAAGGCCGAUGGGAUCGAGGUUUCCUACAACGCCUGCGGCGUCCUGUCGCACAUCAUGUUCGACGGGCCCGAGGCCUGGGGCAUCUGCCAGCCCCAGCGGGAGGAGGUGGAGGAGCGCAUGUGGGCCGCCAUCCAGAGCUGGGACAUCAACUCCCGGAGGAACAUCAAUUACAGGUCGUUUGAGCCAAUCCUUCGCCUCCUUCCCCAGGGCAUCUCCCCCGUCAGCCAGCACUGGGCCACCUGGGCCCUGUACAACCUUGUGUCUGUCUACCCGGAUAAGUACUGCCCCCUGCUGAUCAAAGAAGGCGGGAUGCCCCUUCUGAAGGACAUGAUCAAGAUGGCCACGGCGCGGCAGGAAACCAAGGAGAUGGCCCGAAAGGUGAUCGAGCACUGCGGUAACUUUAAGGAGGAGAACAUGGACACGUCCAGAUAGAGGCCUGGUCCCGUGGCCACCACUGCUCUGGACACGGCCGGCCGGCAGCACUCCGCCAGCCGGCACCCCCGGGAGCGCCCACUGGGUGAAGGGACGCGAGGACUUUUGCACAACUGACGCUUUUCCUUAACAUUAGUGAGAUAUAUAUAUUAUAUAUAUAUAUUAUUUUUGUUGGUAGGAAGUGUGAAGUUUUGUGUAUAUGAUUUCUGUACAAAAACAAAAGAGAUUCUCCCUGA